AUGCUGUAGGUUGUGUGUUCGUGUAAAAAACCCCUCCAUUGUUGGUGUUGAGCUUCUUGCCCGGGAUAAGACGGAUGUCAAGCGAUGUUUCGAACACGGGCAAUGGGUCAAGAGACCGGUCGGUCACGUGCAGACUAGAAAAAAGAUAUUUUUUUCUCAAUCCUUUCCCUACCUUGUCACAAGAAAUGCAAAAAAACACAAUCAAUCAAUCCCAAAAAAAUGGAUGAAGAGAUCCCACGAGCGAAGAAGGAAACUCCACCAGGAGAUUUGGACCAGAGGUAUAGUAAGGCAACGGACCACUCAGGAAGCAGCACUGGAUUGCAAUGGGCGGGCUGCAGGCCGACCAAAGUGGAGACCAACUCAUCGUGUGAUAAACUGAUGGGUAGCAUUAUUAAUGCGCACCGUGAUGGAUGUGGAUUCAUGCCGAAAAUGAUGGUAACGGCUUCAAGUUCAAUCCCAAUCAGAUACCAGCGCAAUAGCCAGGAUCGAACCACCACCACCACCCCCUCUUACAGGUGCCGUCCCGUGCCCUGCAGGCGCAAGGAUCUGUGUGCAACACGGCCAGCCACGUCACGUCGCUACCAUGCUGAUCAACAACGGAGACAGCGCUAUAGUGUAAAAACAAACAGUCAAUGCGUAGACUGUCAAUCUGACCAUCAGCCGUCAAUCCAUGCUGGACAAGGAAACUACAACGAGGCCCCAGGCGCGCAGAGGUAAGCGAGCGAGAACAGCCGGCCCUCCGCCGCAGGAGACACUAAGCAUGGUGGAUGACAUGGUGGUGAGCUUUCAUAGCAUCUGUCGCGAGAGGGCGGAUGUUGACGAUCGACAGCAGAAUCUUUUUUUUUUUUUCUUUUUCGCAGCGU